UUGAACGAAAAGAAAUAGUGAUGGGCAAAUAGAAAAAUUUCCUACCCUUGUCCACCCGACUCAAUUCAAUUAAAUCCAUAUAAUUUCUGAUCUUGGUUUCUUUCUUUGCUUUCAUUCACACCUUUAGGGGUGGCAGUCGAAACUAUUCACACUUAGUGCGAGAGAAAAUGGGCGGGGGAGGAGAGCACCACCACGUAGAUGGGGCCCACGGGCACGGCGGAGACUUUCGGGCAAAGGUGUGGAGUAUGUCGGGUGGGCCAUACUGCCGGCCAAAGCACUGGAAACGCAAUACUGCCUUCGCCAUAUUCGGCAUCGUCCUUGUUUGUAUUCCAAUCGCCAUGAAAUCCGCGGAGCUCGAGCAACGACCACAUCUUCCUGUUCGCCCAAUUCCCUCUCAGCUCUGGUGCAAGAAUUUUGGGAACAAGGAUUAUUGACAAUGUUGUUAGCGAAGCAACUUGAUUAGUUUGCAAUGAAGCUGAGAACCAACCACCAUUGUCUUUGGUAUCAAUAUUCUACAUGCGCUUUCUGUUUGAUUGAAUAAGAAACACGUCUGUUUGUAGGUUUACAUGGAUAAUGUUGCAGAUUCCUGUGUAAUUCUGCAACUAUUCAAAAUUACAGUUAUGAAGUCAGUUUGUGACAUGCUAUGAAGUCAGUAACAUAUUUGUAAUGUUACAGUUAUUUACUAUUUCCAAGGAAUUAAAUGUUGGGUUUGGGGUUUUAAAUUUGAAUAAAGUCACUUGUACACUCUUUUUAUA